AUGGCAGGUAAUCGGGAAACAUGUCUUUACGGUUACAUCUAUGAUGCAAUAUUUCAAGCUGAAAAAAGUCAAGACACGAAGAAUUCUUUGCAAGAAAGAAAUUGGGUUACAAAUUUUUUGGAGUUUUAUUUUUGCUUUCAAAUUCCCUUAGAAAAACCAAAUAUAUCCUCGAGUCGGUUUGAUAAAAAUUUUGAGGAUGAUGAAAAGUGGUACACAGAUCCUAUCAAAAUGUACGAAACUAGUUGGAGUGCAAAACGAAAGCCAAAGAACGACGCCCUAUGCACCAUACCAUACGCGGAGUUUAGGAUAGUCACCCAUUCGCCAAGUUUACAGGUCGAUACGCCAACAAUUUUAUAA